ACUCACCAGAAACAUUCCAAAUGCACAGGUGGCUCUUAUACUUGUUUGCAGUUUACAACCUGAGUGGGAAUUUGAAGAAAACUAAACCGGAUCACCCAGUUUCUUUCACAGGAUCAUCUGGACAGUGUGCCACUCUAUGAUGGAUUCUUCCAAACUUGACCAUUCUGCAUACUUUGGCAGAAUCCAUGGAAUUCUAAUGUAUAAACCUUUUAUUGAAUUUUGGGAUGAUGUGGAGGCAUUCGAGGCAAGACCAGAUGACAUUGUCAUUGCCGCCUAUCCCAAAUCUGGCAUAACCUGGGUUAGUGAAAUCGUAGACAUGAUCCAUAAAGAGGGUGAUGUGGAAAAGUGCAAAGAAGAUGCCAUUUUUAAUCGAGUACCGUACCUGGAAUGCAGAAAAGACGGAGUAAUGAAUGGAAUAAAACAACUAAAACAGAUGGCAUCUCCUAGAAGAGUGAAGACUCAUCUGUCACCUGAACUUCUUCCAGCCUCAUUUUGGGAAAAGAACUGUAAGAUGAUCUAUCUUUGCCGGAAUGCCAAGGAUGUGGUGGUUUCUUUUUAUUAUUUCUUUCUAAUGGUAGAUGGGCAUCCACAUCCUGGAUCUUUUCAAGAGUUUGCAGAGAAAUUCAUGGAUGGACAAGUUCCUUACGGUUCCUGGUAUAAACAUGCAAAAUCUUGGUGGGAAAAGAGAAAGAAUCCACAUGUGCUAUUUCUUUUCUAUGAAGACAUGCAGGAGGAUAUCAAAAAAGAGGUGAUAAAAUUGAUACAAUUUCUGGGAAAGAAGACAUCGGAGGAGCUUGUGGACAAGAUUGUACAACAUACUUCAUUCCAGGAGAUGAAGAACAAUCCAUCCACCAAUUACACAAUACUACCAGACGAAGUCAUGAACCAAAAAAUAUCUCCCUUCAUGAGAAAAGGGAUUGUAGGAGACUGGAAGAAUCACUUUACAGUAGCCUUGAAUGAGAAAUUUGACACACACUACGAGGAGCAAAUGAAGGGGUCUACACUGAAUUUACGAACUGAGAUCUAACAAGGGAUUUCUUAACAUAUCUGAGAUGGAAGCUUUCUUCUCAUCAUUCCCCAUCGUUU